CCAGAAGAAGUCCAUCCACAAAAGAAAAAGAAAAGAAAAGAAGUUGGAAGAGAGAGAGAGAGAGAGAGAGAGAGAGAGAGAGGUUGACAAUGUCCACAGCCAAAUCUGGUGAGUCUUCACUUCCAAGCCAAAGAUUAUUGGGGAAAGUGGCAGUUGUCACGGGUGGAGCCACUGGUAUUGGAGAGAGCAUUGUGCGCCUAUUCCACAAACAUGGUGCAAAAGUUUGUAUAGUUGAUUUGCAGGACAACCUUGGCCAGCAUGUCUGUGAUACCCUUGGUGGUGAACCAAACACUUUCUAUUUCCAUUGUGAUGUUACCAAAGAAGAUGAUGUUUGCCGUGCAGUUGACUUCACAGUCGAUAAAUUUGGUACACUUGACAUCAUGGUCAACAAUGCCGGGUUGUCGGGCUCACCAUGUUCCGAUAUUCGUAAUGCAGAUAUAUCAGAGUUUGAGAAGAUAUUUGAUAUAAAUGUGAAGGGGGUCUUCCUUGGAAUGAAACAUGCAGCUCGGAUUAUGAUCCCUUUAAAGAAGGGCUCAAUAGUUUCUCUCUGCAGUGUUGCAAGUGCCUUAGGGGGCUUAGGCCCCCAUCCCUACACAGGGUCCAAGCAUGCUGUGUUGGGGCUCACUAAGAACGUUGCAGCUGAGCUGGGACUACAUGGGAUUCGUGUCAACUGUGUUUCUCCUUAUGGGGUUCUGACGGGCUUGGCUUUAGCUCACUUGCCUGAGUUGGAGAGGACCGAGGAGGCCGAGGAAGGUUUUCGCGCUUUUGUUGGGAAGAAUGCUAACUUGCAGGGGGUAGAGUUGACUGCUGAUGAUGUGGCUAAUGCCGUGCUCUUCUUAGCAAGCGAUGAAGCAAGAUAUGUAAGUGGGGAUAAUCUCAUGGUUGAUGGGGGCUUCACUUCCUCAAAUCACUUACUUCGGGUCUUUAGAUGAAGCAUGACAUUCAACAGGUUUGCUGCCUUGCUUCAAUGGCUGUUGGAAGCUUGAUAACUGCGGUCCUCUUGGUGGACAGAUCAACUAGUAAUAUGUUUAAUUGGGUAUGUUCUCCAUAGAUAGUUGCUUUGGAUUUCACUUUGUUGUGGAUUGAACCCGAAUAUUGGACAAGGAUUGUAACUUCUGUAAUUUGAAAUAGAAAUACAUUUCACAAUGGACUUGAACAA